AUGCCUAGUUUAUCAAAGCUUUUCUGCGUUGGGCAGCUCAUUGCCACCGCAGCGGCGGUGCAGAGCCUCAACAGCAGCUACCCAGCUACCAACUUCAAAGCCAUCUUUGGAUCCUCUCCCCAGCCGAUGACUGUCGACGUCAAUCCCGACUUCAUUGCCCAGACCAAGCUCAAAGUCUCCUUGACCCGAUUUCCCAUCGAAAUUGACGGCCCCCAAUUUGUCGAGGGGCUGCCAAACGAGAACCUCACGCAGUUCCGUGAUUACUGGCUUAACGACUACGACUGGGACUCUGUGCAGCAGCAGCUCAACUCCAACUUCAGCCAUUUUACAACGACUGUUGGCCCGCUUGAUUCGUCGUCGUACAACUACACCUUGCCCAUCCCUCUUCACUUUGUGCAUCAUCGCUCAGAGCGCCCGGAUGCGAUCCCUCUCCUCUUCAUCCACGGCUACCCGGGCUCUUUCCUCGAAGUGAGCAAGAUUAUUAAUCUGCUCACUACACCGCCCAACGAUGAUACGCCUGCAUUUCACGUUGUCGCUCCCAGCAUCCCAGGGUUCGGCUUCUCACCGGCUGCUACCGAGCCCGGGCUCGGCCUUAUCGAGGUAGGCGCCGCCUUCAACGAGCUGAUGAAGCAGCUUGGAUAUGAUCGCUAUGUCGCGCAGGGCGGCGACUUUGGCGCCAUCACCAUCCGUUACAUGGCCGCCAUGUUCCCAGACUCGACCGUCAGCAUCCUGAGCAACCUCUGGGGUGAGGCUCCAACCGAUGCGGAUCUCCUCCGCUACUCAAGAAACGAGACAACGGCUGAGGAAAGCUCAUUCAUUGAAUUCUUCCAGGGAGUGUGGCCCACCGUCCUGGCGUUCUGGGGCGUCGAGUCGACUUUUCCCCUUCAGCUUGGCACUCUCCUAAACGAUAGCCCGAUAGGCAACUUGGGAUGGUUGUACUGGGGAACAAAGGGCUUCUCUCCUGGAUACGACUGGGGACUUGAGGAGCUCAUCACCUGGUCCAUGAUGCUCUACAUCCCCGGGCCGUACGGUAGCGUGCGGACACUAACACGAGUACAGGAAGGUACACUCGACUUCGCUUGGAAGGACGUAUCGAUUCCCGUCGGCGUACUCCAGUACUUCCCUGACGUGGGUUACGGUGUACCCCGCGACUGGCUAGAGCGACAGGCCACGAAUAUAACGUACUUUUCUCGCAAGCCCCUGACCACUCUAGGCGGCCACUUUCCAGCUACCAUCAAUCCGACAGACCUUGUCGACGAGAUGAGAAAGUUCUGGGGAUCGGCAGCCGGCGGGUGGACGGCCUGA